CUCUAUCAUAUUUCUUCCGGAACUAGAUUUAGCUAUGGAUUCAAACAACAGCGAAAUAAUCCAUGAUUUCCCACCCUUUUUCAAAGUCUUCAAAGAUGGUAACAUAGAGAGGUACAUGCCACUCCAUGGCCCCGUUCCGGCGGGACUCGACCCAACAACCGGAGUCCAAUCCAAAGACGUGGUGGUCUCGCCUGAAACCGAAGUAAAAGCUCGCAUUUUCAUCCCCAAAAUCAACGAUGGAGGUCAGAAGUUGCCCCUCUUUGUCCAUUACCACGGUGGAGGCUUCUGCAUGGGAUCGCCCUUUGGUGAGAUUGGAAAGAAUUUCCUUUCAUCUCUAGUCCUCAAAGCCAACGUCAUUGUAGUUUCUGUCGACUACAGGCUAGCCCCAGAGCAUCGUUUACCGAUCGCCUACGAUGAUUCCUCAGCCGCUUUGCACUGGAUCGCUUCCCACUCUAAUGGAGAAGGGCCUGAAGCUUGGCUGAACGAGCAUGCAGAUCUGAAUAGGGUUUUCUUGGGCGGGGAGAGUGCUGGAGCCAAUAUAGCUCAUUAUGCUGCAGUCCAAGCUGGGGUUAAUGCUCCAGUAGGGUUGAAUAUUGUUGGGUUAGUUAUGGUGCACCCCUUCUUCGGAGGUAAGGAGUGUGACAAGAUGUAUCAGUUUUUAAGCUCGACGAGCUCUGGUUGUGAUGAUGACCCGAAACUGAACCCGGCAGCGGAUCCGGACUUGGAGAAAAUGCCAUGUGGGAAGGUGUUGGUUUGUGUUGCCGAGAAAGAUUGGCUGAGAGAUAGAGGAGUGAGCUACUAUGAGACUUUGGAGAAACUUAAAGGGGAAGGCUUUGCUGAGUUGUUUGAGACAGAAGGGGAGGACCAUUGCUUUUUUCUGUUCAACUCCGAAGCCGACAAAGCCGGCCUUUUGCUGCAAAAAGUGGUUGAUUUCUUCAAUCUGAGCUGAAAUUUUUGGUAGAUUAAUCAAAAUAUCAACAUCCAUCUAAGAGCUUUUUGUGAGCUAGAAGUGUAUUUUAUCUAAUUCUUUCAGUUAUCAAGUCAUAUAUUCAAGUGCAUGAUAGAUGCUGAUCGAGUACGUGUACCUAUUAGAACAGUCGUGCCAUAAUUGACGAAUAACCAUAUGUUGCACAACGAGCUAGCAUAAAUAUAUAUGUUUACCUUGUAGAACAUAUUUUUAUCAAUGAAAACGCUGUUACGCUG